AUUAAGAAACAAACUAAAACAAAAACAAAAAAACAAAAACAAUUCAAGAUUAAAAAAACGAAUUAUUAUAGGUUAGUUAUAUAACUUAAUCAAUUACAUUAAAACCGUUUUCAUAUAGGCUUAAAGAUUAACAACUAAUAAAAAUGGAGUGUAGACAUUGCCUGCCUGUAUGUUUAAUUAUGAUGUUAAUGUAACCUUAAUGUGAGAUUCUUGUUUUUGUUUGAUUCUGCUUGUCUUUUUACUUCUUCAUCCACACAGAGAGAAAUAUAUAAAUAUAGAGAAUCAGGCACUAUGUUCAUUAUAGUAGAAUUAUUAAUCAAACGCGUGCUUUUACUUUGAAAUCAAAGACCGGAACUCCUUUCCGUGUGCUCUCGUGCUCACUUGACGUUGGUGCGCAUCUCACCGACCGGGAAUACCGAUUUGUGAACAUCUCGGCCUGUUUCCCGCUGCACCGUGAAGCCGUGUUAAUGCAGGCGGAGCGGGGAGGUGGUGGUGGCGGGGUUCAUGUGACAGAUCCUCGGUCAGUGUGAUGACAGACGGAGAUGGAGAUCAUCCAGGAGGAGCCGUGUUUGUUUGGUAUGGCGAUAUGAAGCAGGGGGUGGAGAGCCGCCACAGAGACGCUGGGCUCCGGCCAAACAUCACCGCAUUUUAGCACCUAUUCGAUGCUCGGGAUUUGCAUUGAAUUGCAUUUACUGCAUCGCUGAUCGGCCUCUUGUUUUCUGCAAGGUGCAUGGUGGAAAAUGCAGCCCGUUUGAGGACACCCUCCCACCAGAUAUUCACUGCUGCCAUGACAGGCAGAGGUCUCCUCUCGACCGCGGCUCGGCCGGCUGGGGAAGAGGCGGAUUGAUUCGGAACGGUGGGCUCUCAUCUGCGGAUGUUAUUGUGUCUGUGGAGCCUGAAAACAUCAUCCGCGCGAACGCACCGUGAAUCUUACUCAGGGAAAAAAGGCAAGAAAACAACAUGUCCUCUCGAUCUGCAUUACCGUCUGGAAACGACAGGAGUACUGGAGACCAUCAUGUGUCACUGGGGUCCAGCCGGGCAGACAAGGCCACCAGCCAGUCCAGCCGCUCGCUGGGGGCCCGGUGCAGAAACUCCAUCGCCUCCUGCUCCGACGAGCAGCCGCACAUCGGCAACUACCGCCUGCUCAAGACCAUCGGGAAGGGAAACUUCGCCAAGGUCAAGCUGGCCCGCCACGUCCUGACGGGCAAGGAGGUUGCAAUAAAAAUCAUUGACAAAACUCAGUUGAACCCAACCAGCCUACAAAAGCUCUUUCGGGAGGUGAGAAUAAUGAAAGGCUUGAAUCACCCUAACAUAGUGCAGCUGUUCGAGGUGAUUGAGACUGAUAAGACCCUUUACCUAAUCAUGGAGUACGCCAGUGGGGGUGAAGUGUUCGACUACCUCGUGUCUCAUGGGAGAAUGAAGGAGGUGGAAGCCAGAGCCAAAUUUCGACAGAUUGUUUCCGCUGUCCACUACUGCCACACGAAGAACAUUGUUCACAGAGAUCUGAAGGCGGAGAACCUUCUGCUGGACGCCGACGCCAACAUCAAGAUCGCCGACUUCGGCUUCAGCAACGAAUUCACGCUGGGCAACAAGCUGGACACGUUCUGUGGCUCGCCGCCCUACGCUGCCCCCGAGCUCUUCCAGGGCAAGAAGUACGACGGGCCCGAGGUGGACGUCUGGAGCCUGGGAGUGAUUCUCUACACGCUGGUCAGCGGCUCGCUGCCGUUUGAUGGACAAAACCUGAAGGAGCUUAGGGAGCGCGUGCUGAGGGGAAAGUACCGCGUCCCCUUCUACAUGUCCACAGACUGUGAGGGGAUCCUCCGCAGGUUCCUGGUGCUCAACCCCUCCAAACGCUGCACCCUUGAGCAAGUGAUGAAGGAUAAGUGGAUCAACGCAGGAUACGAGGGGGAGGAUCUGAAGCCCCACAUAGAACCUGUGGAGGACUUCAGCGAUCCAGCUCGUAUAGAGGUGAUGGUGGGGAUGGGCUUCACUUCAGAGGAAAUCAAGGACGCUCUGCUCAAUCAGAAGUACAACGAAGUCACAGCCACAUACUUACUGCUGGGCCGCAAAGGAGACGAGGGCAGCGAGGCUCGCUCAGCUAGUAGCCUGUCCCUGGCGAGGGUCCGACCCAGCCCCAUCACCAACGGGACCAACAAGCACUCCUCCGCCACGGGCUCCUCGUCCUCCUCCACCUCCUCCUCUCAUAGCAAGACGCAGCGCAGUGCCUCCACCUACCACAGGCAGCGACGGCACAGCGACUUCUUCCUCCACAACAAAGGCGGGCCCUCCAUGCCCGUCAUGCACCCCAAGAGGAGCCCGACCAGCACAGGCGACCGGGAGCUGCGGGAGGGUCGGAUGCCUUCGCGUAAGGCCAGCUGCAGCGUGAUGGGGAGCCACAGCCUCCCCCCCUCCAGCCCCAUGGUCAGCAGUGCCAACAACCCCAACAAGUCCGAGAUCCCAGAUCGCCGCAAAGACAUGACUGCCACCACGAAUAACAUCCCUGGAAGCGCCAUGACGCGCAGGAAUACGUAUGUAUGCACAGACCGCUCAGGCGCUGACAGACACUCUCUCCUGCAGAACGGCAAAGACAACAGCUCUCUGGGUCACCGCAUACCUGCAGCGUCUCCCUCCACGCUCAGCAUCUCCGGGGCCGGAGCCGCCUCCUCCUCCUCCUCUUCAGACCGAUGCCGUCUGACCAGAGGAUCCACAAUCCGCAGCACCUUUCACGGGGGACAGCUGAGGGACCGCGGGGCCCCGGUCUACUCGGCCCCCCCUACUUCACCCACCCUGUCCCACCAUGAAGCCAGCCCUCUGCCCCACGCCCGCACCAGGGCCACCUCCAACCUCUUCGCCAAGCUGACCUCCAAACUCACUCGCAGGGUCACAAAUGAAUCUGAGGGAAUCAGGAGAUUUGCGGUCACAAGUUGCCAUCUACCUGGGAAUCAAAAAGCGUCCGAGCCCCGGGCCGUCGGACGUGGCUGGGAUCUGAGAAGCGGUGGGCGGCGGGACCCUGCGGAGGUGGUUCUGGCUCUGCGGGAGGCGGCGCUCGGAUGCGGCUGCCAGGUCCACCUUGCCGGCCCCUUUCUGCUGUCCUGCACCCACGGCGUGGCGGGGGGCCGCGUGGCUUUCGAGGCCGAGGUGUGCCAUCUUUCAACAGGCUCCUCCGAGACUUCUAACGGGGUGCGCUACACGAGACUCUGGGGGGCGCCGCUAGCUUUUCGGGACAUUGCCACCCAAAUCUCUAAAGACCUUGAACUCUGAAGCGGAGGGGGUUGUUUGCGUACACAGUGUGUGUUUUUGUGUGAGUGAGUGUUGAUGUGUGUGCAAAGGGAGGGGGGUGGAAACAAUCCAAGAAAAAAAAAAUAUAUAUAUAUAUCGGAGAAGGGGCGAGGGGCUGGACCCGAGUGAAAAGACUUCUCCUUCUGUCUCUUUCAUGACUUACCCCCCUCCCCCACACACACACAAACACACACAAACACACACAGAUCUGACCCAUAAGUCACACAGACUGAAGCACCCCCCUCCACCCAAAUCACCCCACCCAGCUCAGCCAACUUCUUCACUGAGCGUCUGCACCCACUGGACCUGGAUCAGACAGAAUCUAGUUGAAUAUUUUUUAUUGCUACUCUAGCCAUAAUGACUCUUUAUUUUGUUAUUUAUUGCUCCGAUCAUCGUUUUCACCCACUGUCACCUUCACAGCGACAGAAAAAACACCAUCUCUUUGUGUAUCAGCCCCCUUUUUCAAACUGUUCUUUUUAUAUGUCACCUUUGCGCAAAACCGUUCAUUUUAUUCCCCUUUUUACGGAUGACCUGAAUAUCUGCUGACUCUUCAUCACCUGGGGACAAUCACAUGCACACUAACGCGGGGAUGGUGCGACUCAGUGAUCAGAUACAGCAGCCGCAGAGAGUUGCAUUGCUUUGAUUCCUGUACAUACAGCAGAGACGACUGCACUGGAUUAAGGUCAGUGUGAGCAGCGUUGACAGGGCUCAGAAGCAGCCAAUCAGAGGCAGACCUGGAGUUAAAAUCAGUGAAAUCUUCCGCUUUGUGAGCUAAUAGAGUAGUCACCUCUCAGACUUCAGUUUACCUGCAUGACACGAGCAGGAAUUAGAAAGUACCUCUGAUGCAGUACUUUCAUAUUCCGUCUAUAAGAAAUGGAUGUAGCCAUGGUGACACAAACUAUUCAUGUGUGACGACCACUCUGAAGCCUUAUAUUUGGCAUCUUGGCUCUUUGCCAUCUUGUUGUUCUUGGCCAGAAUUGACCAUGUUGCUGGGUUAUCAGCUAAUGCUAGCACUUUCUUGGUUAGCAAGGUGCAUCCUUAAAUCCCAGUAACUGUCAUGCAACUUGGAUGCUAAUGACAGCUAGUGGAAAAAAUGGCUUUAUGCUAAAUGUGCGAACCAAAAAAAGAUGGCUACUAAAAAUACAAUAAAACACGAAACAAGACGCCACCGAGGUAGCUUCACCCUUAAGCAUGCUCUUCUUUAUUUACUCAAUUGGACCAUUGUUUACAAAAUGAACAUUGAGCUGUUCUGGAGAAGAUUUGAACUUUGUGAUUGAGACCAGAAUCUGAUAAGGAAAAUGUUUACAGUCUCGUAGACCCAAUCGAAUCAAACUCCUCGCCCCCUCCUGGCCAUUAGAAAUAAUGCAGGCUCUACUGAGACUGGCUUUUAUUUUUAGAUUUAGGCCUAUGGAAUAUAGUUUUUUCUUUCAGGCUCUCUUAAAGAAUAAAUAAUAAGGCCUGAAAGGAUUACAUGCACACACCCUGCACUCUGAUUGGCUGGGGUCAGCGUCUGUCAGCGCUGGUCAUUGUCGUUAAAGAUUUUCCAAGUAUUUUGGAUCUUUGAACCCCCACCCCAUCCCCCCACUUCUAUAUCUCUCAUCCAAACAAUGUACUGAAGACAAGAUCAGUUAAAAAAGUCGUUCUUACUCCAAGUUCUCUUAAAACAGAUUUACUGUGAAGCCGUGUUGCACAGGAUCAUAAACCUGGGGAUCUGAUGAAGUUUAAAAACUGACCUACCAAGUUGGACUUUUGUGCUGCACAAUUCACAAGAAUUGACUUUUGUUGUCGUCCUGGCCAGAUAACGAGUCAGUCUUAAGGUCAAAGGUCAAAGGUCAAAUCCUCUUUCUGAUUUUGCUUUUAAUUGGCUACCAUAAAAUAAAUAAUUUCAGUGAUUUGUACAGAAGCCCUAAGAGGACAGGCAUCCACGUUUUCUCGAGAUCUUGACUCUUUCAUGCCGUUGUCUCUGAAUAACAAAACAGGUUUUCCAUUAAUAGCGAGUUCAUUACAGUCGUUUUCUCCAAAUCUCAAAAACAAACAUUGAUAAGAUAAGAAUAGUAAAGUAAAAAAUAGUCAAAUAAAAUGGAUGGAUGCAUUUCCGCUUAGGGCAAAAUCUUGUCUCAGUGUUUUGUAGCAAGAUGUCAAACAGUUCUGUUUUACCUGCACAGUCCUGAAAUCUUUACUGGGACAGAGGAUGUUAAAAAAAUGUUCAAGAAAACAAUGUCAUCUUGCACUAAAGAAAACAAAAGAUGUCUGCAGAGGACUAACAUUGAGCAGGACUGUUUAGUUUAUUCUUGCAUACUGUGUGAUGGAAUUAUAACCAACAAAAUUUACCAUCCUGUUAGAUUUGCAUGGAGAUUAGAUUACAGACGACCUCCUCAUUUAUUUAAAAUGACUUGAGGUGCCCAGGUGAUUCUUGUCCUGUGCACAUACGGCUCAUGUCGGCUUUAUUUUCAGUGCAAUGCAAUUCUUUGGUUAUCUUUUCUGUGCCAUGCUAUCUCACCUCAGCCGUCAUCUCAGCAGAUCAGACAAACAGGGAAACAAACCUCUCAGAUUGCACUCUUACCUUCACACACACACACACACACACACACACACACACACACACACACACACACACACUCACACUCACUUCCAAAUGUCCACCCUGUCCUUAUCUGUGGGGAGUUGGGGAGGUGUUCUGACUCUGGAAAAGGCCAGAUGAAGGCAGUGUGCAUAGUGUUUUCUUUUUUGUUAGUCCAGUUGCCUUUAAAGUGAACGACCCCCAGCGCCUUCAUUCAGAACAUGUUUCAUGUAUUCAAAAAAAGAGAGAGACGUAAGAAAAAGUGCAAAAGCUUUCUAUUCUCCCUCCCUGUUUUUAGUGAAUAACGUACUGUGAUAUUUACGUAGGCUACAGAGAUCAUGUUGUUUGGCUGCUGAUUUACUGUUAAUACUAUCUCUCAGUUGUGGCUUUGCUCAUGGUGACCCAAAAACACCCCCCCCCCAUUUCCUUCCCCACCCAUCCCUUCAUUAACAGGAACCUUAGCUGUCCACCACCUUCGUAUGCUACACCCACUUUUUUCUAUCGUCACAAUGAGCGUUUCCUCGGCUCCUCGUUUAAGACCCCUGUUUUCUCACAGGGAGACACUCAGCCAUCGUCCACUCUCUCACAUUGUAGACCCCAUGUUUCACAUCUUCUCGCUCCUUUUUGGUUUGUGCUGUUUCAUGGAGCAGACACCAACAUGGACGCCAGGAGUCUGUCCUCGUCCUCCCCCCCUGGACGUUUCUCAUUGUGGUGUAUAUUAGCAUUAGGUAAUAUAGACCUCAAUGCACUUUGCUUUGACUUGAAUCAGCUCCUUCCAGUGUACCUGUACAGGUAAUACCCAGAACUAGCCACUGGAGGGCGCCAAUGUCUUAAAUGUGAAACACUUCAAUUUGUGGAUAUUUGCACAGGUACUUUAUUUAUUUUUUAGAAUAAUAUCAUUUAAAAAACAGGAUUUAUAUCAGUCAGUUGAUGGCUGUAUAUAAAAUAUAUGAAUAUAGUAUAUAUCUUAGAGCUCAAGGUUUAUUUAUAGCUAGAGCAAGGGAAGUACUUCUAGUUUAAAAGCAGUUUCUGUCAGUGACAAUGGGGAACAAAACCAACCUGCAAUCCUGCAUGACUUCAGAGUUUGGGGUUUUAGGAGAAAAAAAAGAAUAAGAAACAUGAUGCACACCCAGGAUUGGAAGUUUCAUGAAAUACAGUUUUUAGACAUGAAUUAAAACAAAGAAUUUGGUCAAAUGUAGCACCAGGUUCUUUCCCCUCUCACAGAAACAAACAGGUGAAACACACAGUGGCUCCAGGAUUGCUUUGGUACGCUAAAAAGGGCUCCUGAAGUUCCUUCAAGUAUUUAAAAAAAAAAUGCCAUGAAAUGACCCACAACGUACAGUGUGUAAGAAGAAUUGUUCAGUUUUAACGUCCUGUGAGGACACUUAUUGAGAAUAAAUUGUGUUGUUUGGUUCUUUAUUAACUUGAAUUCACUCUAAUAAGUCCCUGUUCAUGUUGGAAACCCUGGGUUGCAUUCAAGCCAUAGAAACGUUUUGUCACUGACUUCUGAUCGAAGAUAUGAAUCAGGUUGUUUGCAAACACGGGCUUCAAAGCUAAUAAGUUAGUGUGCGACAACUCACUCUUAGUAUACGACGGAUAACAUUGUCUUAAGGUGGAAUCUACUGUGAAAAAUUCUUGAGAAGAGUUGUGUUGAGUACCUGAGUGUGUUACUGGUCUGCUUUAGAUGGUGGAUGGUUCAGUGUUAGGAGCCCAGAGGGCACAGUAUUUAACAAACACUGUCGGCUCUGGAAACAGUCGAUGUUGUUAAGGAGACCGAAGAACACACACAGUUUGACCUGUAUGAGUAAUUUUACAUCCUCGACUGUUGAAUUCCUCCCCUCAGAAACAAACUGUAACCUGAGACGGAGAGGUUGUGGUAUAUAAGGAGAACAUGGAGCUGAAGAUUAAUAAAAUUCACUGAUGUUGGCAUUUU